UUUCUACCCGUCACCAUACCAUUGCGUUUUUGGAUUCAAGGAGAGAGUGUCGAUCUUUCAUUUUAUUUGCCAGAGGUCAACACCAAUCGUAUUAUUUUGUUAGCGUUAAAUAAGAACGCGAAAAUUAUGACGCGCGAUGGAUCUCACAAGUAUCUGCAUGAACUACACAGAGGCAAGAAAUGGAGGAAUUUUUGUCAAAAGGAAUCGGGAUGGGUUGAUUGUUGGUUCGUGCCGAUCGUGGCGUUGAGUAUCAAUUAUAUUUAUCACCUGUGUCCACCUUUGGGUCCCACCCCGCAAGCCAAUAUAACAACUCCGGAGAAGGAGGAGAUCCUUUUAUCUCCCAUGCGAAUUCCGAAAUGCAGAAAAUCGCCGGGCUUGCAAUGGGGAAGAAACGGCGCGCAGAAAUUUGACCCGCAGUCCAUAACGCCCGACAAAGUCAGCGUGGAACUCGAAAUCGGACCGUCCAUAUUAAUCGUAUACGGGUCUUUGUUAAAGAACUUUAUGCACUUAAAGGAGAACCUGUUCGGUGAUUAUCAAACCUUCACCGAUAUGCAGCAGAGCAGAAGCAGUUCGGCGGCCGCGGACAGAAAUAAAGACAAGGAUGUGCAGAACAGCAGCAUCGAGGCGUCCAUGGAAGACGAGGAAGUGAAAUCUAAGCCGUUUGAUCCGCGAGAUUACAGGCCACUCGAAGUCACCGUUGGUGUCACUAUGCACGACAUUCAGGCGCAUCUCGUAAAGAAUUGCAACGAGAACGAUCCGCCGUGUCCGGUUAUACUGCUGGAACGCUUCGGAUUUGAGAUGAGAAAGGGCUACAGGGAAACGCAGCUUCAGCUGCUGCUCUCGCCUGCCAUCGCUCUAGUUACGGAUAACGUAGCGAGGCCAAACAAGGAGCAUCACCUGAGUCAGGGGCAUCUAAUGCUGAGCGCGCUGCAAGUUAGGGGCCACGCCAUGUUCAGCAACGAAGGGCGGAGCUUGGAUCAGGAGACAUUGGAGUACGCGUGGCUGAUCGAGGUGCAGCUGGGCAAACUGAGCGGCAAAAUCACUUCUCCUCAGUUGCAUCACUUGGUUACAUCGUUGGAGACGUUCCUGCUGAUGGCGAAGAACACCGAGAACAGUUUGCGUCCGCCUAAUUUGCCGUUCCAAUGCCACCACGGUCUCCCGCCGUUGCAGUGUCCGGAGAGUGAUGUCGACAAACAUUACAGAUGUCCGAGCUCCGAGGAUAUAAAGUAUAGAAUGACGAGACUGUCCAUAGACGCCGUUGAUUUAUAUCUGCAAGAAAUGGGCACUGUCAUGCAGUUUUGGAUAUCUCCGAUCCGCGUUGCCACUUGUAAUCUUCACGGGCAUCAAGUCAAGUCGGGUGUCACCGCGGUUUUACCUACAAUAUCAAUUCGACAGUUUAUGUCCGCGGCGGAUUAUUUCGCAAAUACAAGUAAUACUAAUACAACCGGCAGCGGAAGAUCUCAUAAUAAUGCAAGCAGUCGAAUGUCAGGCGAUGGAUCGGAUAUAUGGCUUGAGGUGGGAUCGAUAUCACUGGGUCCGGUUAUUUUAGAAGCUGCGAUUUCCCUUCCGACUCCGGAACACAAUUUGCAUUUAGUACAAAAUAAAUAUUUAAAAAUGCACGACGAGGCAACGAAGCGUUUGUGGUUUUUGUGGCCGCAGGAAAGCGGGGUGAAGGCGACAAAGUGCGGCUGUAUAGGCGGUUGUGCGUUCUUCGGCAAUAAUCGAAACGGACCAAGAUUUUUUAAGCCGAGCUACCACGAUCUUCAAGAUGGUAUCAACAUUGCUGCUUAUAGAAUUCACGAACCUGGAAAAGAGAAAGGAUUCGGACAGUCCAUUUUACACGACGGUCAAUUAGUAUUUCACACACCACCGUACAGUCUGCAGGAUAUAUCCUUGCAAGAUGUAUAUUAUCCUACGACGGGAUUGAAAGUAACAGUCAGUCAAGAUGGCACGCAAACUUUGAAGAAGAGUGUCGAAGCGUCAAGAUCUUUGGCCGAUUAUAAUAGAGAAGAAAACAGUAGCACGAAAUUAAACGUCGCGUCUGCAAGUCCACUGAUACCCAGCGGGGACAGAAAACCGCUGGAUAGAAGAUUCUCUUAUACAUCAAUGCGCGGACCGAAUGCGAAAGAUGUACCAUAUUCUCGUCUGAUUGAUGCCAGUCCUGUAGUGCAGUUACCCCAAAAAUUGGAUUCCGAUUCUAAAUUAAACGCGGAACGCAGUAAAUCCAUUUUAAGCGUACCAGAGAUCGAAACUAUACCCAAGAGUAGCGUGUCCGAUUCCAAAUUGGCUGUAGAUUAUUUCACCGCGACGGAAAACGCGGAAACGCUCGGGUCGAGCAGUCCGCAGUCGUUGCCCACGGUUCCAACUGAAUUUAAUCUUUCCGCGUCCACGCGAUCGACUGCGAGAGACGGGAGCGAAGGAGUGAACGUAUCGGAUUCUCAUCAUUCGUUAUACGCGAGAACAAACUCGGAAGAACGAUUAAAGCAGGAGGUACAACGAACGAUAUCUAUGUCGUCCGAGAAUCACUCGGAGGCAUUUUACUCAGCCGACGAGGACAUGAGCCACGGAUUGAGCGGAAGUCGCACGUCCAGCUUACGACAGUCCAUCGUCGGCUCCGGCUGUGUUUUAAAUCGCAAUGAUAGCAUAAAGAAAAAAUUCUCCUCGGACCUAUCUAUCGUUGAGAGCUCGACCAAUGUGAAUUUCUCGGUGGCGGAUAAAGCGCACACGUUGGAGAGGGCGAAGACGCAAAUAUUGAGCACAAAAAGGAGCCCCAGAAUCAAUCGAAACGCCAGCUUUCAAAAUGACGGCGAUCAAACGGAAAACUGCGGCUUACAGGAUUCCUCAGACAGCCAUUCGGUGUCGUCCACAAGUUUUAUCUCCGCCGUAUCGUCGCAAGAAGACGUCACGCUUGUGAAUCUACAUAUGCAAGUGAACAAACCAAUCGUUGACUCGCCGUUAUUGAUGUCGAGUUAUGUUAGCCACUUGACACAGGUUCGCUGCUCAAACUGGAAUCAGUCGUCACUGCCUUCGGGCGGCGACGCGUUCACUACCCCGCUGUUCCAACGCGCGGACGACGGCAGGCUAAUUUACGUCGGCGGACGAUACGUACCGAAACUCGAGACAGUCACGGAAGGUUUCACGUCGUUGAAAAUGAUAACUCGAUGCGACGGCUCGCCCAUCGCGAGCUCGUCCAACAAAACACCUACGCAUCCUUAUCUGUGGGAUGACGCGUCUUUAAAUCAAACAGAAGGUCAAGAUGGUAACGCGAUGCACAAUGAGGAGGAAUUAUUAGCGAUACUGCACGAAAGCGGAUCGCGCACGACGGUCAUCGUCAAAUUUAAAGGAGACGUCGACAUCAUGCUGAGCCCCAUGGUUCUCGAGUCGCUUCAGCGCUUCAUCGACAGUAUCAUACCGACCUUGGCCACGUUACACCCGUUAACGAUCUUGAAUCAUCUUCACAACGAAUGCAUAGGCAAAGUGGAGGACGCGAACAUUUUGAAGCAGGAUCAAAGUUUGUCGUAUUGGAGUCAAGUCCAAACCAGUUCGAAGCGAUCGACAGCAGAACGGAAUCUUAAAAACGGUCAAGGCAAAAUUGCGCUACAGACAAAUGUCUAUGAAGAAAGCAUCACGACGCAAAUACAAGGCAGUAUUAUUUUACCGAAGUUGAACCUAACGUUGUUACAAGCGUCUGUCGUUGAGGAAAUCAUAUCGUUCUCCGCGUUAGAAAACAUCCGCGACUUGACGUGCGUCUCGUUGUUUGCGAUUUGUCUCGACGAUGUCACCGCUAGGUUCUAUCUGGGAAAACAGGCUCGGGAGGUUGUACAAACUUUCCACAAACCGGCUGCAUUGCCGAAUCAGAAGAAGGUGAAUAAAAUCAGUAAGGCGUUUUUGCCUGGACAUCAAACUGCCGCGGUGGUAGCUGACGUGGGAGGAGAGACGGUAUACAUAGAGACAUCGGAAAAGCAGCAAGAAGAAAUUAUAGUGACGCUAAAUAUCGGCAAAGCACAUACUCAAUUGAGAAGGCUGAGAAAUGAAUCUUCGAUAUUGAAAGAUGCAGUAAUAACUGCCAUACCUGCGCAUUACUCCAAAGUAUUAUUCACUUGCACAAGAAUGACGUCGCCGUUGAAAUGUGUUGAUUAUUAUCUGCAUCACUUGGUAGACGAAAAAGAAAAGCAGAAUAAGCAAAGCGGACCGCCGCAAGCUACCGAAGAGUUUACCAUGGGAUGUGGAGAAGAUAGAUUAGGAUUCAUCAUGUUCGAAUGCGGAUUGGAAGGAAUCAAACUAAAAGUGGUCAAGAGAUCUCAGUUUGAGAAAGGAGAGAACGGAGACGGCGAUAAGAAGACUGAAACUGAAAUAUUUUGCACAGAUAGCGUUAAAAGCCAAGAGGACUUGGAUAACAACACCCCUGCGUCCACGGCAACUACUACCGCGGAGGCGGACAAGCCGGCAAGUGCGGCUACUGGCACCCAAAUGAACAUGAGCGCUACCUGCACCAGUCUUGCAUCUAAGGUAUCGAACGGCAAUACCGUGUCGUGCGUUAUUGAACUGAAAACGGUAUGGUUUAAUUUCGCCGCGCCUCCACGCACGCCGAUAACGAGAAAAAUCGAUUACACGAGACUAGAUUGGAAUCUGCUGAGCACAGCAUCGCCGGCGAUCAACGCGUGGAUGAAUCCAAGUAAUAAAUUUGCGAUUCGCAUUGUUCAUAUGUUCCGCACGAUGUACCGGAGAUCCACCGCGAUUGUCGCCUGUCUGAUGGCGGAAGCGUUAGACGUACAAGGAAUUCAUAUGCCUCAGAAGAGCCGUUACGGAAGAUUGACACCAUUGGCGAAAACACUACAGGAGGAUCCUUCUUGUCAGUUAUGUACUAUAUUACAGAAUUAUGUUUUAUUGUCCGAAAUAGCGAAUAUCGAGGCUAACUUGAAAGAAUCCGAUCUGCCACUUCUUUCCACCUUGCGACAGGGCGUCAUUGUAUUGAGCAGACAAUGGAAAAAUGUACUUUACACACCGUUGUUGCUGGAGCACAAUUACAAAACUAAACACGUUAAACCAUUGAAUGUUACAUUUGCAGUGUCUGAUCCGGACGAGGAGAAUCUAUUGACGGAUGGGGAGGGUAGUGCAGGAGAUGUUGAUGAUCAGGAAGUGACAGAUGAAUGUGCUAUGCUCAUCCACACGGACCAUAUGCACAAACACACACACAUCAAAGGCGGACAAGAUAAAACAUCAGGUGUGUGUGGUGAUGGCUUGACGGUUCCUGUAAGCUCUCCUCGCGGGAAAGACACGACCCCUAUAGCAACACCAGUUCCAGGCCCGGACUCAUUCUCCUCCCCCUCUCCACCCGUAGCUCUUCCAAAGAGAGGAAAAACGUUGCAACCAACGCAAGUACCUGCUAGUACACGUGCAAGUAUCGUUUUCCCCUUGCUCACCACUGGUGGUCUGUUCAGUCAAACACGAGAACCAAAUAAUAUAAGUUACGGAACAUUGAGAGAGGAAAAGACUCCGCAAAUUCAUAUUUCGCAUUCGCACCAACUUGGUUCCAAUCCUAGCAUCUAUUCCGGAGGCAUAGGCCACGGUAGUCAACACAGCACUGGAAGCUUAGACCAAGUCACAUCUCCCACAAGUCAUUCCACCAAACCAAUAAAUACGGGGGAGGAUCUUUAUAGCUGGAUGGCGAAACAGCAAGAGUUUAUAAAGGAUAAUGACAAAGGAAACUUGAAAGGAAACUGGGUCUUUCGUACAGAGCAAAAGGCUACGAAGGAUUCAAAAAUUAACACUAUGACCACCGACGACACUGAAGACUCUGACAUACAGAGCGGUGCUUUUCUGUAUCCAAUGAAAGACUCUCUGAGACUGUUGGAUGCGCAUCUGAUUUUUGAGCCGCUUCUGUCGUCUUUAUCAGUUAUGCCACAGCAGAUGUUAUCAGUCAUUGGAUCAGGAAAUGUAAAUAAUAUGUCUUCCUUAGAUUCAUUGGGCUCAAAUUUAUCUCUUGUAGGCAGUAUGGACACCAUGCGCAUUGACAUAGUCGUGAGCGAAUUUGGAAAAGUGACAACAGACAAAAAGAAAAAUAACAAAUUACCAAAUCAGCCAAGGAAGGGAACUAACUGCAAGUUUUACCUUGAUAUACCACCAGAGACACCGGCAUUUUUAUGCGAAAGGAUCGGCGUCGAUAUCGAUGUUAAAAAAAUGGCCGAUAUGACGGUGGAUGAUAUGAUACAAAAGCAAAACGUUUUAUACAUAUCCAGGGGUCAAUUAAAGAAACAUACCAGCACAGUGGUCAACAUUAGUUUAAACAUUCGGUAUAUAAGUCAACAAGUGAAUAUGCCACUCCUUAGAUUAUUACAUCAGAUAAGCAACAUGUAUCAGAAUGUUAAAGAGACGCAGAUGGAAUUGAAAGAGCAGCAACCUGAAGCAAAACGCAAUGCUAACAUAAUCGUCAAUGACACCGCUGCGAAAAACGGCUCGUCAUCAACGUCCGACUUGCAAGAACAGUUCCUCGUUGGUGGCAAGAAGAUGGAAGCGCCGUUGCUUCGCAGCAGCUUCGGAUCUAACCAGUCGAAGGCGUUGCCGGGCGCGACUGUACGAUCUCGACCGCAAAGUUUCGCGCAAAAAUUACGCAGUACCGGCAAAAGUGUCAAGGGCUACAUCAAUCUAAGCGAAGGCGUGAUCACGCCCAGUUUCGGGGCGAGCCCGAGCGGCUCCGGUUUGGACAAAUUCACGGUAUUGCCGGACACGUGCAAAGACAGCACGCAUUUGACACCGCGAUGCUGGAAAACCAUAUACUACCUUCUGGAUCUGUACGCAACUCGCCCGGAAACCAAGACCAUCACCCAUCGAUUCUCGAUACCCGCGGACGCAGCGGAACACUACAAGAGCGGGAGGAAGUACGAGAUCUUGAACGAAACCAAGGAUGCCGAUAUCGAGAAAGGAUUGAACGCGGAGAAUAACUCGACACCUGUCCCUCCGUCGAGAGAAUUAAACAUCGUGACAGGCGAACGAACGAGAUUGAUUAUCUUCGGUGUUACGCGGAUUCAUAGAACUAGAUUAUUGGCUACUUUAAGCGGUUUGAAGCUCGAAGCGGAGAUCACUAGUCUGCACGCCAGCUUGACUUGCCGCAAGAAAUCGCGGCCCGCAAGUUUAGAGUGCAGUAUGACCGGACAGAUCGGCAGAACUAUGAUUGUCUUACUGGAAGGCGUUGCGCCGAGUCAGCAGACAGUCGUGAAAGUUACCGUCGGAAAGUCGCAAGCCCUGUAUUCUAGCAUCACGCGGCGCCAGAAGGACAAGAAUAGCGGAUUGUUGACCGUUGGCGCUGUGAAUAUCGAUAUACCGCAGCAUCCUGUAGCCCUACACGGCAUGAUGACCAGAGGCAGCAAGCAGUUAUCGUCGACAUUACAGGAAUUAAGAGUUAGUAGAACGACAUCGAGAGUGUCACGAGGGCAACAGCAGGACGAAGUGGACGCUGCUCCGGGCAGUCCGCAUCAUUACGCACCAGCUCCUUCGAUCGAUGUGGAAAAGCCGCAGGCAGUGUCCGGCCUCUUAGAACCUAUCGUCAUGCAAUUCCACAUAAUACUUCAAAGUCUAAGUAUAACCGCGGCGUUGCUACCGUCUCUCCAAGCGCAGUACAAAAUGGAUCAGGUGAACAGUUCCGGCAUAACGGGCAGCAAAGCCAAAUUCACCAUAGACCUGCCUCAUCACAAUCUGAGUUUCACGACGAAGCUGCAAGUAACGGAAGCGAAUCUACCGUCUGAGGCGAGUAUCGAGCUACCUAAAGUUCACGUGUCGGCCGAAUACGUUCAAGACGGGAGUAGUAAUUUGAACGAUAGCAAACUGGCAGACGGUGUCGUAUUGAGGCAAGGCAGCUAUCUGAGCGCGACUGCAGAUAUCGGAGUGUUCGAGCAUUCCUUGACGACGGACCUUCUGAAUCAUUUGGUAUUUGUGCAAAAAGUAUUUAUGAAGGAAGUAAACGAGGUGGUGCAGAAAGUGUAUGGGGGUGAGAAACCGGUACCUCUGUGGCUCGAAGACGACGAAUCAACCAAUUCUGUGUCAACCUUGAAGCGAAUUUUAUUCUCGCUCAUCAUACGUAUUAAGAGGAUUCAAUUGACUGCAACAACUCCAACGAAUUCAGCGGUGCGACUGGAAACCGGCGCGGUAGAAUUUCAAUUGUCCAACAGGGUGCAAAAUGUUUCGGGAGCUACACAACCCAAUCCCUACAUGAAAUUAUUUGGCAAGGCGCAAGUCGAUAUUAAUCUGAGUCUGGGACAACUACUGAAGAAUGUCUUGUUUGAGGAAGCGGAGCCCGAAUUUCAACAGUUUGCCUUUUUCAACACUAGAAUAGGAUUGCGCAAUGCGUUUCAAGAGGAAAUGGCUCAGGGCGAAGACAAGGAAGUGGUUUUAAUUACCCUUAAACGUCCGUUGAUUUACAUACAACCGAUGGCCAUUGACAAAGCUAUACUCGUUUGGUUAAAUUACAAAAACGCGUACGAAUAUUGGAACGAGAAACGAUCUAAUUUGAACAAGGAAGUGCUAACUGCCACUCAGCAAGUGUUUGAGAAAGUCCCGUUCGGGCAGCUGACAAGUCAGCUCAGCGCGCCUCACCUUGGAACAUUAUUUCUGCAAUUAACGGUCGACGACAUGGGUUUCUGUUUGCCGCUUAAUCCUUUACCGCCGAAUAAUUGGAAAUUAAAUAGGGGCCUCUACGAUGGGGAAUCGCGCGGUGCUGUUGUGGUGACGCUUGAAAAUACAAGCAUAUCCGCAUGUAGCAGCGGUAGUCUAGUUAGUAAAGGAAGAUUUGUAGGGUUGUGCUUGAGGUUUGCAGAGGAUUUUGAAACUUCCUUGGACGAUUGGAAACCGGAUAUGACCGAUAGCAAUAUUAUGAACUUGUGCGUCGUGUCAGAAGGCACUUACGAAGUAUGUAGUAGGACUGUCGCGCAGAAACAAGACAAAUCUGAUAAUGCCAAGUGGAUCUUGAAUGUUCAAUGGCAAAUGGAAGGAGUUGAUAUUCACCUAGAUGUUAGCGUGGGACAACAGCUGUCAGCUCUUGGACACACAUUAACAAUGCUGACUGGUUCCGAAGAAGAAGACGACAUACAUAUUCCUGCAGAUUAUGACAGCGAUGAUGGAGAUCAACCGGAAAACAGUACUAGCCAGGUUAAGAAAAAAGAAAGUAUAUUAAUGAAAAAAUCGAAAAAUUGGACCGACAGUCUUCCGGCAUUCAUCUUUGAUCCCACGCUCGACGCGAAGAAGAGAUCGCAAUUGAUAGAGAAAGAAAUGAACGAACAAGCCAAAAUUAUUAACGAUUUGCGAUCGCUGGGCGCUUCGCAUGGAACAAUCGAGCAGGAAAUGAAGCGUCUACAUGAAUUAGAAGCGAUGGUAUUCAAAGAUUUCAGAAGGGAUAUGAUUCAAAAGUUGAGGAGGCAAUCUGUGAAAGCUUCCGGUAUCAAGGGUAAACUAGGUCUUGGUAGCAAAACGAACACUUAUCGUUCACGAUCAUUUAUUGUACCCUCGCCCACGCCAGAGCAUCAUUUAGAAAGCCCGGAAGACAUGAAUACGGAAAUUAAUUCAGCAAAUUCGGCCAGCUACGAAAGCAGCCCGAGAAGCGGUCCCAGUCGAUCAGCUUCCCUGCGUGUAAGAGGACUGGGUGGCCCACGAGUUACUUUCAGCGAUACGCAUACAAUGUGCAGGCAAUCGUCCCUACCAAGUGCCAGCUCUGACUUAAGUUUACCAGAGGGUGAAUUAGAAUGGCCAGAGACUAUCGAGAUAGAAGGUGAACGAGUUGAAUUGAGGAAAAAGAAUAGAGAUAUCAGUUGUACGUCUAGUUACGACAGCAUGGAAGGCAACGCACCAUUACUCGAUUCAUUUGGCAAAGAGCAAGCUUCAUCGACAUCGUCCCCAUAUAUUACCGCUCAAAAAACUCAAGAGCCUAAUAUAGACUUCGAACUUGAUGUCAAAGUUUUAAUUAACAGCGGCAAGUGCGUGUUACACACAAAAGAUCCAGGAAGAGAGGAUGAAAUUAAACUCUUGAGUAGAAUGAAGAAAGAAAGAUCGUGUUCUGGCGGCACAUUCGAAUUUCAACCUAGCAGUCCUAGCAGCAGCAGAAAGCAUUUAAAUAGCAAAGAGAAGUCGUCGACAACUAGCACAUCACGAUUAAGAUACUUGCAGCAUACAAGCGUGCCUUUGGUAGAUUUAACAAUUUUUCAUAUUCCUGGUUUAGACGUCAAGGUUCACUACGAAUCUAAAACCCUUCCAGAAGAAUCUUUAUCUCCCCGCAUAUCUACCGACAAUAGCUUAUUGAAUCCGAUUACGAUGCUCAGGAAGUCCAGCACUAAAAAAGCUAGUCUUUUCGCUUGGAUGACGCUUCAAAGCAUUCCAGAGGAAACUAUUAUUAGUCCUCACAUCCUUGAAUUUUUAGAACAGACUCUAGAACCGAUUCCAAGCAAAAAUAAUUUCCAAAGCAGCGCGCAAACGAAUGCCGGCUUCCUAUUGGAAAAUACGGAAAACACAUCGUGGGCUGCCACCGCUGCGAAUAGCAAUUACGUUUACGCCAGUUUUCCCGUCGACGUGAUAGUAUAUUUUCAUAUGCAGCCAUCCACAUUCAGAUUUUCAUGCUUACCUGUUUCGCGAGUAGAAUGCAUGUUGCAAUUACCAUCCCUCGACAUAGUGUUUUCAUCGAAGCGGGCCGAGGAGGAGUUGAUAGAGUUUCGGGAAUUCAAAUCACCAACAACGGCCAAAGAAACAGGCUCGGCGGCCAUCGGUGGAUUAUCCGUCACGGGUUGUUUAGCGGACUUUUCCGUUUAUAUUUUCCACCCAUACGGUGGCGGGAAGAAAACGGGGUUGAAAGAAGCGCAAUGGUCGCCAUUGUCAGACAGCGAGAGAAAAGAUUCGUUGAGCAUCAAUGUUGAAUUUGUCAAAUUUCACCUGUCAAGAAGCAGGAAGUUAAACUUUCAAAGUGAACAACUUAAGAAGCUCUCGGACACCAGCCGCGCCGUCAUACGAUUUUCAACCAUCAUUGAUAUAGGAUCUGCCUCCUUCAAAUACGACAUGCGUCGAUUGACGGAAAUUCUGGCCUUUCCCAAGGCUUGGUAUCGGCGUAGCAUAGUGAGACGCCUGUUUCUGGGUGAUCUAAGUACCGCUGCCGCGUACGCCGAAGGCGAUGGGAGUCCUCCGUUAAAUCAGGAAGAAGCGGUCAUGGGUAGCUCGUUGUUGAAGCAUUACGAUAGACAUACGUGCGAUUCAUUAUCCAAAAGCGCGUCUGAAAGGAGUCCCAUAUUAAACAGAGAAAAAUUGAAAUUAAGCUUGGAAAAUGAUGCGCCAAGACACGCGCGAUUAAAAGACAUUGGAAGGGGAUGGAGCUUCACCACGGACAAGCAAGUAUCGUCGGAAGUCAAGUUAAGGGAGUCCGCGUGGGAGACAUUGGUGUUGUUCGCGGUGAAUUUUACGCGUUUAAAUGUACACAUGAAUAUGGGGAAUGUGAUGGGUAACGUCAGCUGGAUGACCAAAGACUUCAGAUCGGAUGGGAGACUGUCUAUCGGCAGCACAGGACACAAGAACUUGUAUAUAGGCAUCGGCUUAGGAGGAUCGAGUCUGGAUGCGAAAGGCGGUAUAGUUGGCGGCACAAUUGAACUGAGCAGAAUCGAUACUUACAUACACAUUCGAGAGGAGCCGGGAAUAGAGCCUGAUCAUACAGUAGGAUUGAAAUUGUUUGCGCUAGAAUUACGGCUGGAUUAUAUGGGAACAAGCGUGUUAAUGUCCCGGGUGUCUUCGCUGGAUGUCACUCUUCGAGAUGAGUGGAAAAUUAAUCGUAGCAGCGGCGGAGAUGCCUUCAUGCCAACGCGACGACCCGCCAUCAUCUUCAUGCACGGUGACUUGGGCUGGGAUCAAUUGCAAAUUAUGAUCAGUAAAUCAACAACAGCUGAUCUGCUGAAAAUGUUUUACAAAUUAGACGAGUUCUUUAGUCAACAGUUUAAGAGUAGCAAACGAGUAUUUAGCUCGCUGCAGCCAAAGGCACAAAGGAUGAACAACAGCAGUUUUAAAAAGAGACAACAAAAGAAGAGAUCUGCUGCUGAUGGAGGUCCGUGGAGUUUAAAUCAGACCGCAAUAUCGGACGCUAGACACCACAGGCACUGGCAACGGGUAUUAGCCCAAGUAGCUGGUCUUCAAUUAGGAAGCUUAAGAUUCUCCUUACCGUCCACCGGAACUGUCCUUGGCGGCACAAUGGAGCUUCACGGCUGUAACAUUAGCUUGGCGUGUUUCCACGGAAUCAACUUUAAGAGCAAGAGCUGGGCCUUGUUCUCGCUGAAGGAACCCUGUAUAAGUUUCGCCACAGAGGCUCAAGAAAUUCCGAAUGUUGAAACGCCCAACACGUACGACGUUCACGUCGUGCAAACGUUAACCAUCAGUCUCGGCCACCAACAGGAGCAGCACGCGAGACAUCAUUCCAUGGCAACUGUCUGUAGAUUAAGUCGUAGCGUCCUGUUCCCGCCGCAGUUUAAGUCCUUACAAGAAUGGUUUCACUAUGCAUUCGCCAGCAGUGAGAUCGAUGCAGUGGAUAGAUUUCCUUGUGUUGAGAGAGACAGAAUAGACAUUGCGACAACUGACGGUAAUAACGCGUCGCGCGGUAGAAGCACGUCCGCAACGUCCGGCAAGCUGCAGGAGCAUUCGCACACGCGGGAGGUGAUAUUCGCCCUGCCUUCCUUGCAGCUGCAUUUGAAAACUGAACAUUUGCAGACCGCCCGAACACCGGACGUCAUAGGCGAAAAACCACUAGUCGAAUGCAGCUUUAUAACGGAAUUUGAGGAUCAUAUAUUUGUCACUGUCGACGCUGAAGCAUUUUUCUUUCUGCACGAUCUUAUUACUUCAUAUGUUAAGGAGAAAGAGAGAGUGCACACAAUGCAGAACAUGGGCGCCAGAGCGCACAGUCCCGAUCCGCAAGAAAGAAAAACUACAAAUACUACAGCUAACGUUUCCAGCGCGUCCGUCGCUUCCGAGGAUGAGAAGAAACGCAAACAGUUUGAUCCAGCCGAGAUGUUUAUAAAGGAUUGGCGAUCGUAUAGGUGUAAAACGUGGCAUCUGGAACCGACAGUAAGACUGCUCUCAUGGGCCGGCAAGAGUAUAGAGCCUUACGGCAUCGAUUAUAUCCUGCAAAAAUUGGGAUUCUCUCAUGCGCGUACGACGAUACCGAAAUGGAUACAACGAGGAUUCAUGGACCCUCUAGACAAGUUACUCGCCGUUCUUAUGUUAAGAAUGGUAUUAGCCGUUCGCGAAGAACCGUCGGACGAACAGAAAGAAUACAAACGGGAGAAAUAAUACCAAAUGCACUAUUUUCUUUCUUUUUUUAAUGAAAACAUCGAAUGUACAUGAUACGAUCUCAUGGUAUAUGUUCGAAUUACGUAUUACGCGGUGCAAUAACUCGUUAGAAGCACGUAAUACAUCAGUGUGUUACUUGUGUGUAAGAUGCGAUAAAGUCUAUGCAUAAAAGUAACAUGAAGCCUAAUGUAUAAACAUUUUUUUUAUAUGUUCCGUUAAAAUAGUUAAAUCUUCUAAAGUAGCUGACAUCGAUAAUAGAAUUGGAAGGAAGAACCAUAGUGGUUGAUAAUAAUCGUUCUUGGUAAAGAACUAUGAUUAUAUUUAUAAAACUGACGUUCAGAUGUAUGUAUAUGCUGCGACACGUUUCAAUAUAGUGAAUUUGUAAGAAGUGUAAUUAAAAAUACGUAAUACGAUGUAUAUUCGAGCAGCCGUAUGUUGCUGAUAUACAUAGCAUCUAUAAUUUUUUUAAUUAAUAUAUAGCGCUAUUAGAUAUGGACAAGCGGAAAAGUGUUAAUGCUUAUGCUUUGGAUAGUCUAAGCUCACUUUUAACUAUCCAUAAUUUGCGACAAAAUUUGGGAUAAAAAUCUACUUCUAAUUUUACGUGUGCGAAUACAUAAAAACGUUUAAAAAAUAAAAAAUACGCAUACGUACAUAUUGACAUGUAUUUUAUAUGUGCAUUCUGAUUUUUUAAAUAUUUUAUGUAUUACACGUAGUAUAUAAAAUUAUAGUUUUUCUAUCUUGAAUUCUGUGACGAUUGUCUAAAGCGAACUUUACUAAUAAAAUUAGUCGCCUAGGAAGCAAAACAUCUCUGGCUUUAAUUUUCAAUUCAGCCAUCUUGCUCUUAAUGUUUUUACGCUCAUGUGUUUACAAUAUCAGACUAUUUUAAUUGAAAACUUGUUAUAUUAUUAUUUAAUUAUAUGCUAAGCCGUACACUUUUGACAUAAAUUGUAUAUUUCAUAUUUCAAAACUCUCUGCUGUAGCAAUACAUAAUCAUAUACGUUUGAUUCAUCUACGACGUUACUUGUUUUUUUUUAUGAAUUGCAGAAUGUGAUAUAAUUACAUAUCUAUAAUAAGGCAAGUUAAAUUCUAAAUACAAUUUUCUAGGGACAAAUAGAUGUAUGAAAAAUAUGUAUCAUUUUGCAUAUAUAGAACAUGAAGCAAGAUUAAGCAGAUUGUUAUAGUUAUUAUUAUUUUGUCAUAUAUUAUUCAUUACAUAAGUAUGAAUUUGUAAAUUAUAUUCAAUUUUAUAAUAUAGAUUAUACAUGUUUCUUAAAAAUGUAGAAUGUAAAAUGUGAUCUGUGAGAUUCUGUAUUUAUUUUACAUACCAUGUAUAAGCUAUUUGCUAUGUAUUUAUUUGUCUACAAAACUUACUUGAGAGAACAAUUUCUUCGAUACGAUUCAAAUACGUACAAGUAGAUUUCCAAGGCGCUUUUACGAUCAUUAUCGACCAUGAAAGAGUUCUGGAACAAUUUAUUAUUAACUUAAAUAAUGUAAAAAGUUUUAUAUCGAUAUGUGUAAAUACGUGAGAUAUAGUUGAAAUAAUUAAAUUUGUCCAACACCAUCGCACGAGUAUAUAAAUAUUCUGAAGUAUAUAUAUGUGUAGAUCCUUUUUAAAGAUUUCAAUGAAACGGCAAGUUGUAUCGCAAACGAUAGAAAUUGUAUGCAUUUUUCGCAUAAUACACUGUUCACAGAAUAUUUAGUAAACUUUACCGAAUGUAUUCAAGAAUUCACCAGCCUUCAAACAUGUGAUUUUUCGUUGCUUUAACAGCAAUAUGUAUUGAACAUGUAUUCGCUGCUGCUGGAAUAAAUGUGCGUUUAUAAGUA